AUGGCGGCGGAAGCAAGAAAAGCUUUGGAGGCUUUAAUGGGUGCUGAAGCUUUAGGGGGGGUUCCUGAUCAUAUGAGAUACGAUGAUGAGAAAAAAAUGGAUCUCGGAUCAUGUCCCAAAAUUCAUUCGGAACGACUGAAAUCAGAAUAUGAAGAAGCAAAAAAAAGGAAAGAAAAUGACUUUGACGCCGAGUUUGAGCGUAACCUAGCGAAUUUUGUGUCAGAUUGUGAUCGUAAGAUUGCGAGUGCGCAAAAACGAUUGGACAAAACACCAGAGGAUAGCGCAAAGGCCACACAAUUGUUAAAAGAAAUCGAGAAUUUGGUAGUAGAGAUAUCUGAAUUAACUAAAGAAGUGGAGGUUCUUGGAGAGCAAGGCAAGGUCACCGAAUCGAUCAAGCUACUUCAAGAUGUUGAAGCGAAGAAAGCGGCCAAGAUUGAAAAAGAGAAAGAGCUGAAAAAUUCAUCCGAAAGUGGUGGUGGCCCUUCUCAACAACAAAAGUUGCGCGUUUGCGAAGUGUGUAGCGCCUAUUUGUCGAUAUUUGAUUCAGAUCGACGCCUGGCCGAUCACUUUGGUGGAAAGAUGCACCUAGGUUACUUGAAAAUCAGGGAUCUAUUGAAAGAGCUCAAAGGAAAAAAUAAGGAUCGCGAGAACGAAGUUAUGACCGAGAUAGACAUCGAGAUCAUCGUAGCGGGAGAUUUGAUCAUGAUCGUCGAUCUUCGUACGACAGGCGCUCGAGGACAAGAUCACCCGAGAGACGCAGCGGCUACGGAAGAAGACGUUCACGAAGUCCUCGAAGAAGGCACUGAAAUUUUAUUAGAGUCACACAGACAUUUAAAUAUCAUUUGCUUUGAAAAUUGUCAUUAUUUCACGCAAUUUUAUGUAUUCAUGGAUUUUCGAAGUUUAGGAUAG